AUCUGCGACUUGUCCUCGCUUACCGUGGCUCCGUUGACGUGUUGAGUGACCGUUCUCAGUACUCUCCCUUCUAAGACCGGGUUCCCACUCCCACCCUACCCACCCUGUUUUCGUUUUAUUACCUUUUGUUGCUUUUCCAGAUUCCCUUUCAUCAGUUGGGUGGUGGGCGUCCGCCCACGCGCACAGCGGAUUUUUGCCGGCAGCGUUUUAUUUUUUUUUACUGCGUCCCUGCAGUCUUCCAAGCCUUUGCUUCUCCCCGCCGCUCAGCUGGGCUUCGGGGGUCUGCUCAGGUGCUCAGCUGCGGCUUGCCGGCUCGUCUGCUGUUCAUUUCCUUACUGUGCCCCGUUUGCGGUUUAAAGCCCUUGCCUUUUUGUUGUGCAUUUGAAGAUUUCUUUUGAGGGUUGGAGUUAGUGGGUUCCCUGUUCCUUUGUUAAUUUUGGAAAUUAUUGUUGUUAAUUGUUCUCUUUCAUUUGGUAUCGUUAAUCAGCCGCUACUUAAACCACCCCCCCUAUUUUUCCUUAGGCGUAAUUUAAGUUGGUUAUUUGAUUCGGUUUUGUCUGUUUAAAUCACCCCCCCCACUAAUACUUUCAACCUUCCCACCCACCCCUCCUUUAUUGCAUAAUUAUAGUUUGCUAGUGUUUCAGUGUUAGCUGUUUGUUAUUUAUUUCAUUCAUACCUAGAUUUUUACGUGGAAUAAGUUUAGUUUUUGCUUACUGUGCUUUAAUUGUUAAGGUGUUAUAUUGAUUAUAUAAGUAAAAUACGGUUGGUUACUUUUAAAUUUAAUUGAUUAGAUAUAACAUCAACCCCCCCAACCCUUCCCAUUUUCUUACCCCCCCUUUUUAUAUAUAUAAAAAAAUAAACAAUAAAAAUAAAAAUAAAUAAAAUUAAAAAUAACGAUCUGAAUAUAGUUAGUACUGCUCAUAGUUCAUAGUUGUUAUAUUCUGGGUGAUUAUUAUUACUGGAGAAUUUAUAGUAGUUGCUUAUUCAAAUUGAGAUUGAUUCUGACUUCAUUUGCUAACUGUUUAUUGGUGUUUAUAUUUAUCUGAACAUGCCGCCCAAGAAGGUCCAGCAGAAAAAAGGGGUUCGGGCGGUGAAGCAAGCUGCCAAGCGCCCUCCAUUGCAGCACAUUUCAUCUUCUGAUGAAGAGGAAGAUAUGGGGACUAUCCGUGCUUUGGUGGCCAGAGUUGAGGCGUUGGAAAAAGAACGCAGGCAGCCAUUGGAUGUAGAGGCGGGCUCUAGUUCGGCCCCUGCAGGUAAGAAAUCUGCUCGUUUGGCGGCCAGAGUCCCUAAAUCUAGUAUUCUUGCUGAUUUGGUUUCCAGGAUUGGAGUUUUAGAAGCUGCUGCACCCUUUGAGGAGCCGGUAGUUGCUGCGCCUCCAGCUGGUUUGCCUGUGGUUACAGCUUCCAUUUCUUCUCCCGUGGGUCCAGUCUUACCUGCAGUUGGCUCCCUUCAAGCACAACUGCCGUCUCAGCCACCAGCGACCAUGGCUAUGCCUGCUGGAGCUUCGGGAUUAGUGGCACCCCCAGUGGUUGCCUCUCCAGCUGCGUAUGCGGGUGUAUUGAGCCUCCCAGUUCCAGUGCGGAUCGUCUUGUGUGGCCACUCAAUCUUGUUUUGGGCGCACCGGCGUGCCUCCUCAUCGAUACCUGGAACACAGCUGCAGCUUUCGGCCGUAGCUAUAAUUCGAUGGGAAGCCUGUAGGGGCAUGCUAUGGGAUGCGCUGUUGCUUUCAGUUUGCCGGAUUAUGUCUUCGGCGGAUCGGCCUCAUGUCUUGUUGAUUCAUUUGGGGGGAAAUGACUUGGUGCAGCGUCCAGGGAUGGACCUGCUUCUCAAGAUCAUUUGUGAUCUCACGUGGCUUAGUCGUUCAUUUCCCAACCUCUUACUGGUGUGGUCGGAUAUGCUAGUUAGGAGAGUGUGGAGGGGCGCGUUUCAUCCUAACAGGAUCGACAGAUCCAGGAAAUGGGUGAAUAGGAAAGUCAGGGCGCUGGUCUUAUCUCUUGGAGGGGCAUAUAUUCCUCAUGAUAGGAUCAGGUUCCAUACCCCGCAAUUGUUUCGGGAUGAUGGGGUUCAUCUUUCAGAGCAGGGGUGUGGGGGUUUUUUUAGAGGAUUUGAUGUUGGGAUUAAGGGGUUUGUUAAUUUCUUUGGGUUGAGUGGACCAAGCUUUAGCUGAUCCCCUCUUGUGGCAUAGAAUUCGGGCAGGUGAGGUAUUUGGGGGUUAAAUUGAGGUGAUUACGGCAGUCUGGAAAAGGGACACACCCUAAGGAACCAUCAGGGCUUCAGGUCUGGUGGGGAUCUGGGUAGUGUCCUUGUGGGACCGGCUUGCGCAUCAUGGUGAACGCCUAUACGGCGGGGCCAUGGUGUGGAGGUUGGAACCACAUAACUGGCUCUAAGAGCAAGGAGGGAGGAAUUCACCCACGUCCUUGACUCUGGAGUUACAGAUUGAGGAGAAUUGUUGCCUUUAGAUGGCGAGGGUGUAAUCCCUCAUAGUUAGGCUUAGCCUCACCUGCCCGAAGUAUUUUGAGAUGAAUAAU